AUGUGGACCCAGGCCAGUGCUCUGCUGCUACUUGCCUGCUGCCUUUGUCAGGCUGAGGCUCAGAGCAACAGCGGCAGGAGACAAAGCAUCUGGGAUGAUCCCAUCCAAUUCAACACCAAGGCUAAGGACCUGUGUACCAUGGUGAUCACCGGGCAUGGGGAGUACACCAGGCUGAGGCUGUCAUGCCGGAGCAACAAGCGCUCAUAUUGGUGUGAGUACUUGGGGAAGCCUUACAUAUGCAGCCCCUACAACAAAAACCCUCGUCACUACUUCGUCCAGAUGAUGUGGGGUCUGCGAAAGCUCCACAAUGCCUGCCAGGCUCCCAGGGAGAUCAAACCUCAUAUGUGCAGGAAGGCAAGCAAUGAUUCUCAAAUGGUCUUCUCAUCGGCUUCCUUUUCCUGGUCAGGGGCUUCCAAGACAGGAUCAAGACCAGCAGUACAGCCUGCAAGACCUCAACCCAAAAUUGCAUCUACAAGGCCUGAGUCAGUGAGACAAGCCUCUACAAAAUCCAUCCAAAUCUCACCAAGAAUAAAGACCACACAGAAAGCCAUUCCACAGCCAACAGCACCGACUGUGGAGAGCUAUCGUAAGAGGAUGGCUCGGCAGUACUGCUGGAGGUCACUUCAAGGCGUCUGCAGCUACAUCAUCGGUUUGUUUCGGAAUUAA